ACCAGUCAGUAUGUACGUGUAGUCGCCAUGCAGUGGUCGUGUGUGUUUUCGUCGUCGUCUUCGUGGCCGUUGUGCGUAGUCGUCUGUGCGUGCGCCGCGGUCGCCGCGGUCGUCGCGGUGCCCGUUGCGGUCGUGUCACCGCCGUCUUUCCGGUCGGCCAAUCUGUCCACGACGGCCCUGCUGUCCGCCGACAGGUACGGCAAAACCGUGUUGGCCGGUGAUGAGAUGGCCGUGGCCGUGCAAGAGUACGCGGACUGCGCCGUGUUCCGAGUGCAAGCCCGGACCCGCGGCUACGUGGCUUUGGGGUUCGUGGACCCGAUCGCGGCCCAUUCCGUGGAUGUGUUGCUUUUCUGGGUGGACGACGAGACCGGCGUAGGACACUUACUGGAUAUGCACGGCAAAACCGAUACAGGCUUGACACCGGAAAAGGAUGUGAGCCAGGACUACGAGUUACUGGCUUCCUCCCAAAACGGCUCUCACGUAUCCGCCGUCUUCCGAAGGGCCUGGGACACCUGCGACGAACACGAUGACGUGGUAUUUGGGAACGAUACCAUGCGAAUGUUUUGGACGACGAGUGAUCGGGAUCCGAUCGACAGACAGUAUACGGACGCGUUGAAAUUGGGCAGCUCCUGGAAAGGCUCACAAAGUUUCCAUCCCAGAGGUCCAAAGUUCAGACCAAACACGGAUUACUACAAAAAAUGGGACGUCACCAUGGACAAUAUGCAUCUUAAAGACAACAUCGACACUUUGUAUUGGUGCAAAAUCUUCAGAGCUCCCAAGAUCAACAUGAAAAAUCAUAUUGUUGGGUUCGUGCCCUUGCUGCACGCCGAUACGCAAUCUCUCAUCCACCACAUGAUCCUGUACGAGUGCGACGGCGGCCCGGACUCGAUGGAGAAGUACGUGACACUGAAGGGCGCCCAGUGCUACGGCAACGCCAUGCCGGAGGACUGGAACAAGUGUGUGUCGCCCGUGGUCACGUGGGCCAUGGGAUCGGAUGGACAGUUCUUGCCAGACCACAUAGGAGUGCCGAUCGACGGACGUGACAAGUAUUACAUGUUGGAAGUACACUACGACAACCCCACGUUCAGGAAAGUGAUGGACAAUUCAGGCGUCAGGGUGUUCUACACAGGCCAUCUGCGGGCCAACGACGCGGGCAUCAUGGCCGUGGGCAUGGCCGUGUCGCCGAUGCACAUCGUGCCGCCCAGGCAGUCGACCUACAGGACGGUCAGUUUGUGUGACAAGGAUUGCACGAACGUCAUAUUCCCGGAGCGGGGCAUUAAAAUCACUUCCGUCCUGCUGCACGCCCACCUGGCAUCCAGGCAGCUCAAGCUUCGGCACGUGCGACACGAUCAGGAAAUGGCUACCAUCGCGCAGGAUGGCCGUUACGACUACAACUACCAGCAAGCGAGAGAAUUGGUUAAAGAAGUGACCGUAUACCCCGGAGACGAAUUGAUCACGGAAUGCGUCUACAACACAGAAGACCGUCCGCAGUUAACGCACGGCGGAUAUUCGACCAAACAGGAAAUGUGUUUGGCGUUCGUCACAUACUACCCGCGAACGCCGUUGGCUAGCUGCUUCAGCAUGACACCAGUACCGUUCUUCUUCGAAACAUUCGGUGUUCAACAGUUUUUGGAUUACAAUAUGGAAGGCGUGGAAAAAAUCUUUUUGAAACUAGCAGACAGCACAACCAAGAAACCGCCCGUACACGCUCCGGCGACACACGUGGCGUUGCCAGCUUUCGACGACGCGAAGACGUUGGACGAGCUCAACCAGGCGCACAUAUCGUACCUGAUGAAGCAGCCGUCGUUCACGAUCGAGGAUGACAACGAGCCGAACCUAUUCAAAGAUUUGGAGAUCAUGGAACCCGUCGAAUUCCAGAACAAAACGUUCCAGCAGCACCUGGACAAUCUGCCGUGGGAAGACGGCCUGCUGACCAGGAACAUCGAGAACCGGUUGAACAACGGCAAACACAUGACGUUCUGUCGGCUACACAACGAUACAUUAGCCCUGAUGAUGAACACGUACGCGUUUCCUAACUUCACGGCGUACAGGGAACCGUUCAACGACGCGUGUGUGGCAUUGUCGAACAAGUUUCAAAACACCGCCUUGACCGUGCAAAGUUCCUACUUACUGAUCUUAUUGAGCACCGCACUGAUUUGUAUACAUUAGGAACAAUAUAGUCGUUGGUCGUAUAAUAAUAAGAAUAAAUCUCUCACUCAUUGUGGUCUAGUUCAUAGAUUUAAGUAUAUUUUACCAAAGUCACAUUUUUUUUGUACAUAAUAUUUGUAGUAUUUUUUUUAUUUAUUUAU